CUCUGUGGUGCUCACCUUUUGCUGCUGCCGCCGCUGUUUUUCCGGAGUCCGCAGCCGGGUCACAGGUAGCUUCGUGUCGUGUACGGUGUCGUUGCCUGCCCGAGAGGCUCGCCGGAACGUUCACGAGGCGGCCGUGCCCUGAGCUCUUAUUAAAUUCUUUGUGAAUGGGUGGCUUGUUCAUAGACCAUCUCUUUGAUACCUGAAGAAGGUCAAAAGGCUUGUCUUACCGAUGACUAUAAUUUAUCAACAUGAAGAUCUAUCUUCCUCCAUAAUAAGAUUGAUCACAUGUCAAUUCACUGUCUUAAUUCUUUGGUGCCUAAAAAAGUCAUCUUCUUGCCCAUGCACUACAUUUGAGAAGCAAUUCAAGUUUUAAGAAAAUGAGCUGAAAAUCAAACUGGAUAUAAAGUUCACUCUAGGAACGCUCUAAUGGAUGACGGGGAAUCUCCUACAAAUGACCUACAAUUAAAUUUGCAAGACUUGCUUCAUACAGACAGACACUUAGAAAGGAUCAAAACUUGCUUGGCUUCUUCUCCAGAUGAAAACAAAAAUCAGCUUAAUGGCAGCAAGCACGAUGCCCUGAAAAGCAGUGAUGACACAAUGGGAAGAGUUGAGCAGGAUAGCAUAAAUAAUAAUGAGGACAGUGGAGACUAUACAUCAUUCUGCCAAGAAGGUGAAAGUGAUAAGCCAUCUACAAGCUUCGCUGUAGAUGCAAUGCUCAUUCUUGAAAAAUGUGCCUCUGAAAAAAAGAGCUCAAGGAAAACAAAAAGUUCCAGUGGGAAAGCCAAGCAAGAGAAGACUGACAUCACUGCAACAGCUUGUGCACAAGAUGAAGACGGGAGAAAGACAAAAGCAAAUUGUCCACAAAAGGAUCCGAACCAGACUUUGCAAGACCUUUUCUCUUUUCUUCGAGAAGAAUUUGAGCAGAUGGAUUCACGAGUGCUGCCCCUGUGUCUCCAUCAGAUGGCAGAAACCUAUUUUCAAGAUGGAGAAUAUGAGAAAGCCAUGAAGUUUAUUCAGCUUGAACGGUUAUAUCAUGAACAGCUGCUUGCAAAUCUUUCUUCUAUUCAGCAGCAGUGGGAAAAAAAAUGGAAAGCAACAGCAUCAACUGAGGUCCCAGAUCUAAAGAAUUCUCCUAAAGGUCUGAAUAAUGAAGAGUUAGGCAAGCUUGCUGAAUUUUGCAUAUCUCAUCAAGAGCCACUUAUCUCCAGAAGCAAGCAAAUAAGUAAAGAAAAAUCCUUGAGACAUGAGAGUUUCAUACGUUUAAUAGUAUCGGACGAUGUAAAGGAAAGAGGCGCUGCUGGAUAUGAUUCAGAUACACAAGAUUGCCCUGGCAUUGGACCAGAGAAGGAGAAUCAUCACAAAGAGAGAGAGGGGAGUGAAAGCCUCCAACCAGAAAACUAUCAUACACUUAAGGAGAGGGCAAGUCUUCAGCUAGCUGUGGGGAAGUACCAUAUGGAGGAGGAGCACUGCAGUGCUGAAUCAACACUGGAGCUACCCACCCAGUCCACAGGGGCACAGGGCACGCCUCAUUCUGGCUGUUUGUCUUCUAGGGAAGCAAGGGAAGAUGACAGUCUGCUGCUAAGAGAAGAACCGUUCUCUGAGGAUGUAGCAAAAAUAGAAGCAGCUGCUGAGGAGCCUGCAGCAGGGUGCUCUACUGAGCCAAUGGUAGACACAUUGGUUUUGACAGAUGCUGAUUAUAUACCUCCCGAUCUGAUUUCCACAGAUGAAAACGUUCAGCCUGGAAGAAUCUUACUCAGGUCAAAACACUGUUCUGGCUCUGUUGUGAUUUCCAGUAGCCAGCUGGGAAGCAGCAUAUUAAACCAGCAGCAGCAACAGCCUGACUAUGGAAAUGGUAGAAAAUCUGUGCAAGGCAAAACAUCAGAUACUAGUAGGAAUGUGUGCUCUGAAAGUUAUGUGUUCGAACAGGCCAUUGUUGCAUAUGAAAGGAUACAGGAGGAAGCAGCAGUACUGGAGGAGGAACAUGAAAGUGAAGACCCAGAAGACUUCUUUGACCGAUUUUUAAGUAGUAGUAUAAAAGACAGAGAAGAGUCCCUCAAAUACUUAGAAAGCCAAGGGGACACUGAAGUUCUUCCACAUAUGCCAGCAGAACAAGCACUUUAUACUUCAUUAGAAGGUUAUUCACUGGAUGAAAGCUUUUCUUCACUCGAUGAACUUGCAAAACGGAUAGAGAUUGCAGAGACUAUUCCUGCAGAGGGGCUUGUGUCCAUAUUAAAGAAGAGAGAUGACAGUGAAGGAAAAACACUUGCUCAAAUCCAGCAGAGACAGUCAAAAAGAAGAGUGAGAUUCCAAGAAAUGGAGGACACAUUCGAUCAAGAGGAAGUUGGAGGUGGCUCCUGUGUUCUGCUGAUGCUACUGUGCAUAGCAACUGUAUUCCUUAGUGUUGGAGGAACUGCACUGUACUGCACAUUUGGUGACGCAGAAUCCCCAGUAUGUACUGAUUUUUCAGCAAACGUGGACUUCUAUUAUACCCGAAUACUGCAGGGUAUAGAGGAACUUAAGCACUGGAUAUCAUUCUCAUAGAGGAAAUGAAUACGAACACAUUGCUGACAGCUUGCUGACAACUGCUGAAGAAGAAGGAAAUACUUCAAGCUUCUUCUAACAUGACACCUUCAGAAGAGGUACAAUGAAUGACAUAAGAAGCACCUAUGUUGUAUGUAGGAGCUUCUUUCCAAUAAUCAGGAGUAUAUAAAUAGGAUUUAUGUUCAAUUAUCAUGAGACAGCGUGAGAGACUGAUAAACCGAUUGUCCUAAUGUUGAGAUGCCUUUUGAGAUGCUUUGAAUGGCUGUCUGUCCACCAACCUUAGGAAAUGAAGAAAGAAAAAGGUGAUCAGCUUCCAUAGUUUCCAGUUCCCACGUAAUCAUAUGCAAUAUAUGUAAAUGUAUUACAAGACUGUUCAUUUAUUUUUCCUGCCGAUGAUGCAAAGAUAUUGCAACUCCAGUUAUCAUGCAUUGUCCAUACUUUAUGGAAAUGUACCUUUUUUGGCUUUUUAAAAUGUCUAUCUUGUUUUUUUAAUUGUCCUAGUGAGUUGUGUAACUUGAUUGGGGUAGUGUCACAGAAAUCACAGUUCUCAGUCUAAAUGUUGGUUAAUUUGCCUUGCAUUUCAGAAUAUAGCAGCUAUAAUAAGUGAUGCAUCCAUUGCUUCAAAAUGCAGCCUUGUCAAACUAUGUGGAGUUUUAAAGUGAUAAAUUCCUAAAAAGUGGUGUGUGUGUGUUUAAAAAAUAGAUUCGCUACACACAGAACAGAAAGGUAUUUUAAUAGUUUUUAUUGCUGAUAAUGAAAGGUACCAUCCACAUCCCUUAAAAAGGGAUGAUAGUACCCAUUUCAUUUUUUAGAUGUACAUCUAUGGUGUGCUAAAUGUUCAACUAAAACUGUAGCGUGUGUAUGCAACAAACACAUUUGCAAACACCGGCAUCAUUCAGAUGUACUUGGCAGGAAACUACGAUUGGCUAGAGACCUUUACUGAGUUGUGCUGGGUUGGCAAACCUGGGUUUCUUCUGUGUAAUGAGUGAAACGAGCCUUAGACAAUAUCAAAAUACUCAUUAACUUUCAGCUACUGAUUUCUACAUAACCAACUUCUGAAGAAAAAGCUGAAAAGAUCAUACUAUCAGUUGAAUACCUGAGAUACAUGGCUCAAAAUUAUUAAGUGAAAAGAAGUGGGAGCUAACUUUGCUCCUCAAACCCAAUAGGAAGAGGAAUUACCCCAGUUAUGCAGUUGUACAGUAACUCCUUCUGGCUAUGGGGCUAUAGUUCUUUCUCCUUCAUGAUCCCAUAGUACAUUGUUUUGUUUUCCUCUUAGGUCUCCUCUUAGGUUUGAAUGGCAUUGCAUGCAAUCAGGAUUAUUUCCCUAUUUUUUAGGGCUGUGAAUUUUAAACUUUGUACCUUUAGAAAAUAUCUUUUCAUAUCAUAUUCUGCUAAGGAAACCCUGCAGAUGAUGGAAGACUAGUCAUGUUCUAAGUCACACAGAGUUCUCUCCAUAUUUGUGUAUAUGCAAACCAUUCCUGAAAUAUAUUUGUCAGUCCUUUCCUCGGUUUCAAAAAUAAUCUGCCAUAUGUUGCACAGGGCUGAUGUUCAAAAAAUGCAAACCCAACCCCCACUAGACACCCCAACCUUGUUCCAUAUUUCAUUGGAUCCUGGAAAAUAUAUUUAAGUUGCCUUUAGAAAAUUUUAUGUUAAAUAUUGUGAAUCGAGCCUAUGUGAUUAUGGUAUUGCUUUCAAUGAUGUUUUUAAGGAACAUUUUGCAAAGCAGUUAAUAAAUGACAUGGUGGUCUUGGCAAAGAGAAGUUAAAGUAUGACCAAUGCCCAGAUAAUACUUAUAAAACCUGGUAACUUGAUGUACAGUAUCUUGAGUUCCAUGUUAGAAGAAAAGUGAGAUAUAAAUGUGAUAAAAUUAACUACUGGGCAUUUCCAAGACCUUAGGUUUACCUAAAUAGCUCUCUAGAUGUUGGCCAUUACAAGUUGCACUAUUCCUGGUUGAAAUUUUUCUCUGUCUUCUGUCUGACAUCCUACGUCCCACAUUUUUUUUUCAGUAUUGAAUAUGUCCAAAUUCUUCAGCCCAUCUUCUUGAAUCCUUACCCUCAAUAUGUGCCCUUCUCAAAAAAAGGUCACCCAAAAUAUAAUGGAGUAUUCCCAAAUGGAGUCUUCAUAAUACUGACAAAAGCAUUAUCAUAACAAACAGUGCUCUUGUGCCCCAUUCCUUGUGUGAAAAGCUCCUGUUUGUGUAGACUGCCUUCUGCACAGAUGCUUUGCAUUGAUCCUUUUUUCUAAACAAGGUUAUUGUGUAGCCAGUUGUCCCCUGCAUUUCUUAAGUUUUCUGAAAAGAAUAGUCUGGGGCAAGUUUGAUAAACUCUGUGUCCACUUCAUUCAUCGUCCCAUUCCUGACAUGUCCCUGCUUUCUACAACAAUCUUACAGAAGACUAAUUUUCAUUUUCACAUCUGGAUCACCAAUCUCCUAUCCUUCCAUUGACAUAUAUGUCUGCAACAGUUGUGCAGUGGUAAAUUUAAAGGAACUCAUCAUGACAAUCUCCAUAGUCGUGUCACCUAGGAGAGUCCCAAAAAAUGCAGGCAGCUGUGUUGAUCAAUGUCAACUCUGCUAGGGACUUUCGUAAAGUUAGUUUAUCUUAAAUUCCCAUUCAAGAGCAAGCCACACACACCCCAAAAGAUUUUGUAAUACAACAGGGAUAGCUCACAAUAAUUAAUUGCAACUAGGAAAAUCCAUCCCCUCCCCCUGCUCCCCAGCUAUUGUAAUUACUGCCAAGAUUGUAGCCAAGGUAAGGAACAGAGAAGUCUUUGGGAAGGUGACAGAUGAUAUAAUGAUCCCUGCUAAUAAGAAAGACCAGGUGCUCUGACCCUGUGAGCCCUUAGCUCCACUACAACACUAGUCUGCAACGUUGGCAAAGCAUUUUAAUUGUUGUGUUAUUCUGGGAUGGGUAUUGGAAUACUUCAGCCUAAGGUUAGGAUCCGAAUAGCUCACCGGCUACACACAAAUAUUUCCAUAUGCACACUUAAACUGCUGUUUUAUGUUCAUUUUCUGGCCACAACUUCACGUACUGCACUGGAGGCUUUCCUUGAAGUUCCCCAGAGUGUAGGAAGUAGUUUAGGUAAAAAUGAAGUAGUUUUUGAAAUCAGGGACUCAGAAGCUUUCCAUUAUGUGCCUAUUUGGAUCCUGGCCCAAGGAGUUAUGUAACUGACAGAAUAAGUCUAACAAUGGGCUAAUUAAUUGACAAUUUUACAUGUUUUGUCUCCAUGUUUUUUAAAGAAAAAAAUGUGUUGUGUUUCAACAGUUUUCUAUGUGCACUCCAAAGGUCUUUUGUGUUAAACUAUAGCAAUGCUUGAACUCUUCUAAAAGGGAGGCAUGAGUUUUAAAAUGUUACUGGCUGGUUCAGUAUGCCAUUUUUGUCUUCCCUUAUUAAAUUAGCUUGAUCUGUAAAGGGAUUUUCUUAUUCUUUUAUUUUAUAAUUUUAUGAUGGAGUGUUGAUGAGCAUGCAUUCAGUAGAUAUACCUUAUUAAUAAUUAAUCUGUACUUCGUAUAUCUUUGGGGAUUUUGUAAUUUUCAGUUUGGUGUGCUAUUGAAUAUUAAGUUUAUGUUUAAAGCAACAAUGGAUUUCACCUCUGUGUUAAAUGUUUCUUCACCUCAUCACCAAAAAUGUUUAAAAAAAUAACUUGAAAAUGAUUAUUUUAAAAGUAUGCCAUGUACAGAUAUCAAGAAACCUUGUACUUAGGUUCAUUUUGGGAGAAGUGAUUUUAAAGUGAUUUUAUUGCACAUGUAAAAGAUAAACGCAACACGAUUUUUAAAAAUCUCUUUGCACUAGGGUUGCCAUAUGCUUCCUUUUUUAAAAAUCAUUUUAUUUCCAGACAUGGCAAUUCCAUAAUGGAUUUCCUAUUUCAAACAUCCCUGCAGCACCAGACUCCAAAGAAUAAGCAUAGUAGCAGUGUCUAUCUAUAUAUUUGAAUUUGUCGUAUGGCAAUCCUAACCAAUAUCACAUUAACCCAAUAUCACAUCCUGCAGUCACAAAAUCCCUAGUUCCCUUGGCUGAGGCACAUGGCAAGCAGAAUGGGGGAUGUGUAUAAGCUGGUACAGUUUUAGAACAGUCUUACGGUGGAACUCAUUUAUUAGCACUCUACAGAAGCAGUCUAGAAUUUUUGGCCAUGUUUGCAUGUACUGCUUCAUCUUUCUGCUGACCAUGUGGUUCUGAACUGUAGCUAGUUAUCCAGUCUCUUCAUAUUAAAAAAUUAAAACAUUAGUACUAAUUCUUGUUUGGCAUGGUAGUUCACAUGCUUAGUGGUGAUUUUUCAAAUGGUUGGCUGUAUAACAAAAUUUGCUCUACCUGACCUUUAAAAUAAUAUUAUAGUCUGUCUCCAUGGUAUCUUUGGCCCUGAUUCUGAAAAUGUUUUAUGCAAGUCUAACUGACUUAAAAGGGAAUGCUCCAGUGUAAACCUGUACAGGGUCCGGAUCUAAAUAUUGAUCCAAGCUAAAUAAAAAGGGUAAAUAAAAGUAUUAUGUUUCUAUUUGAAAAUACUGUAUAAAUUAUAAUUCCAAGCAACACUUCAAAUUACUGUAAACUGAGAGGAAACUAGAAGAUAGGAAACAUUUUCUCUUUCAUAAUAAUUUAUUUGGGCAAAGGUCCUCUGGCUAUAUCCUAUUUCACAUAGUUGUUUCCUCCUGGUUGUCUAUGGUGGGUAUCGCAGGUAAAACUAAAUGAGGGAGAACAGAAGGCUAGGACAAUGCAAUUGUAUUGCUCCAGAUUAUAUUAUUGACAUGCGGUGUGGCAUUGGCAAACUCUCUUGGCUGGCUAUUGAGCUGUAUUCGAGAGAAUUUUGAUUCUGUUUAUAUGUCACAUUCCUUCUGAUCACUGCCUUCCAGAACACUGAUGUUUCAAAAUGUAUUUCCAUGUGUGCUGUGGUGCCUAGGUAGAUGUGCAAUCAAUUGCUGCCAACAAUGGAGGCUUGGUAGUUGAGCUUUUUCAGUGAGGACAAAUGAAAAUGCUAAUGCCAAAUUAGGUAUGAAGUUGGAUUCCUUGAAUGUAGCUAGCUCAUAUAUUACUAAAUGUGUAAUUAAAGGGCUGUUAUAAGAAUAAGAAAACAUUGUAAUUUUAGUUCUGAUAUAGUGUAAGAUCAAGAAAAUUCAAAGUCAUGAAUAUUUGUAAUAAAUCUAACCAUACCUACUGAUGACAAGCGGAGGAAAUUACUAUUUGAAACCAUCAACCAAGCUUGUGAUUUCUAAACGUAACAAACAAAAAUAAAGUGUCCCUGAGAAAAUG